UCAAAGAAAGCCAGAACUGGUUCCUUCUUUUCGUGGUUCUUGAAUUCGGUCAAUCGGUUUGAACGGAACAGAUACAGAAGAACAGAAUAAACAAAACAAAACGAGAAAAAACGUUAAGCGAGAAUGUUUUUUUUAAACAUAAAAAGAAACAUUCAUACUGGAUUGAGGAACUGUGAACUGUUUAGAGCUUUGAAACAAUUGUAAAUAACAUAACAUGGCAAAGCAAACAAACUGGAAGUUCAUGAGAUACAUAAAUCUAUCCACCAUAUAUACGUGUCGUUAUACGGUAUCUUUGCUUUAUUGGUUCGGCAAACUCGAAAAAUCCGUGCUCCAAAACUCAUCCUGAUGAGGUCAACGGUCCUGUGAUGCAAAUCUGAUGCAGUUCUGGAAGAUGCAUACUCUCCUUUUCCUUCCUGUUACAUCUCGCGAUCUCGCGAUUUAUGUACGUUUGUCUCGCUCCUUUCGUGUCCAGAGUAUCGAAUCUUGUUCUGCAUUUCCGCAAACGGUGCAUCAAAACGGAAACUCGUUUCUCGUGGUGCCAUGAUUUUGGGUGUAAAUAACUGUUCUUUUCAAAAAAAAAAAAAACAAAUGAAACGAGCAUUAGCCCUCCGAAACGAGCUCUCCUGCAGCCUGUACAAGAAGGAGGUCAAUGUACCGAGCACGGAUUGGGUGGAUGAUGGUGGAGGCGCAAGAACCGUGGUGGAAGCCGGAAAGGACACUAUAAAAAAAUGUGCCCAAGAAAGUAAUGCUUUCAUUUCUGCUCCGUCCGUUGGAGCGAGCGAUCGUCACGUCAGUUGCGUAGAACAGGAGAUCACGUAUUGUGAUUUGCCGAAGUGCUCGAAUUGUGAUCGAUUUGCCCCCUAGUAGUGGCAGGAUGGAGGUGCUGUACAAGAAUACUCUCUUGUCGUUCGUGGUGGCGGUGGUUUUAGUGCUAUCCAUUGUAGCAGCUACUACGAAUCCUGAACCCGCCGGAACAAAGACCGAAGUGAAGAGCUAUUCACCGGAAGACGUCAAGGACGUGAACAACUUUCCGGUUAAUGGGCUGCCGCCAUUAACGUACAGCGCGAAGAAAUACACCUUGCACACCGAGGUUGUGAACUUCUUCGAGGCUUGGAAUCGCUGCCGGGAUAUGGGCAAACAAUUUGCUUCUAUUGAAAACUCUCAGGACUUUGCCGCAUACGGCGAUGCUGUCCAACCGUAUGCAAACCUCAACUAUACCUUCUGGAUAGCGGGAACUAACGUUGGUGCCAGGUCGAACGAUCAGCGCAAUUUCUACUGGAUUACAAACGAUCGACCGGUCAGCUAUGUGAGCGGUUUCCAAAAUUGGUUUCUAGGUUCCCCACCAAACGAUGCCAACGCAUGUAUGCUAACUUAUCAGAGCAGUACGCUUUGGUUCACUGUGCCCUGCUUUACCACCCUGUCAUCCUACGCAUGCGAGGAACCACAGGAUGUCUGAUCAUACGAGCUUCCGGUACAAAUGAUCCGCUGAUGCAAUUGCUACUCACGACACAAUGGAACAGUCUAAUUAUAAGUGGGAAGACGAACAUUUAAUAUAAGAAGUUUGAGCUCAAUAAAACUGUUAAAAUCCCUAUGCAA